AUGCAUAUCCAGUCGUUUCUGGCCGCGGCAUCGUCCGCGUUGAUGGUUGCGCUCCAAUGCGCCCCCGUAUUGGCUGGCGGCAGCUUCAAGCUGGCCCCUGCCCGCGGCGCGCCGCUGACCAUCGAGUACACGACGGACCAGCCCAACGACAAGAAUUGGAUCGGGCUCUGGCGUGCCGGCGACGGCCCUGUGGACCAGAAGAAACCUACCCCAGGCUCGCUCGUCUGGAAGUACACCCCUGGCCGCUCUGGCAAGAUCAACCUGCCCACACCUGGCAUCCCCGCAGGCAAGCACUGGCUAUUCUUCCUCGUUAACGAUGGCUACGAGUGGGUGUCGGGGCCUAUUGACUACUCCAAGCCUGGGGGAAUGCGCCUGAUCGAGGACGGCGCCGACCCUGUCACGAUCGAGUUCUCCACCAUGUUGCACCAGCAAACCAACUGGCUCGGCCUAUACCGUGCCUCGGGCGGUGGUCCCGUCAACGAGGAGAAGGAUCAGGGCUCGCUUACAUGGGCUUAUACAAAUGGCGCCGUUUCAACUGCCAAUGGUGUCACGACAGGCAGGCUUCGACUCGCCACGCGCGACCUCGACCCUGGAGCCUACAAGGUCUUCUACCUCGCCGUUGACGGGUACAGGUGGAUGACAGAUCCCAUCGACGUGUCAGUUGACGGUCGUGUGCAAAGCGUGUCAGGCGAGCCAUUGACUUUCCGGUACACGACGAACAAGCCCAACAGCAAGAACUGGAUCGGACUUUACAAACCAGGCGAUGGCCCGUCCGGUGGGAGCAGGAACGGAAAUAAGGAGUCGGUCAAAUGGGAAUACGUCACUGGGAGCUCAGGCACAGUUACGCUCUCGACUGAUGACGUCCCCUCUGGCAACUACCAAGUCUACUUCUGCGCAAACGACGGCUACAAAUGGCUCGGCGAGUACAUCGAGAUCAGCUACACGGCCCCCAACACUCCUCUUCGGUUUUAUGCGGGCUCGAUGACGACACACAACGCCCGCAUCGGCAGCAGGUUCAGCUACACCGCCCGCGGGCUGCUUGAGGGAGGCACCAGCGGCGUCACCUUCUCCCGUGCCGACGGUGGAUCUGGCUCGAGCUGGCUCAGCGUCAGCGCUGACGGCGUCGUCAGCGGCACGCCGCCGGCGGGUAGCCCGAGCACAUGGGUCCAAAUGCGCGCCACCAAAGAGUCGUCAAGCGCGACCAUCAGGCUGGUGGUGCCGGUGCGACCGUCGGGGUCGGCCCUUGUCGGCAACCUGCGCGUCAUGACGCUCAACAUGUGGCACGGAGGCACCAGGAUCAAGAACCACCUGGCCAAGGAGGUGAGCUUCAUCGCCUCGUCUAACGUCGACAUCAUCGGGUUCCAAGAGGUCAACAACGGCGGCACCAACCACGCGAAGCGGAUAGCCGACGCCCUGGGCUGGCACUCGCGGACGGAUCACGGCAAGGUCGCCAUCAUCAGCCGGUACCGCAUCGCCGAGAACUACGACAGCUCGACUUCGACGGCGACUGGCGUGCGCGUCCAGUUUGACGACGGCGCCGUCAACGUUUGGGUGGCGCACCUCGGAUACAACCCGUACGGGCCCUACGACUUUUGCUUCGACAAGAUGUCGGUGGAUCGGGUGCUGCAACGCGAGGCACAGAGCGGACGCACUGGCGAGAUCACCGAUGCCCUGAACUCAAUGAAGGGACUGGGCCACAUCGCCGACGCCGACAACGUUCCCGUCCUCCUAAUGGGCGACUUCAACGCGCCGUCGCACCUCGACUGGACCGACGCGCUCAAGUCCAAGAACUGCGGCUACUCCGACGUGCCCUGGCCGUCGUCGGUGCGGCCAACCGAGGCCGGGUUGAUCGACUCGUUCCGCAUCGCCAACCCAGAUCCGGUGGCGGUUCAGGGCAUCACCUGGUCGCCGGUAAACCCAAAGAACGACAACGGCAAGGCGGAGCCGCAGGACCGUAUCGACUUUAUCUAUCAUAAGGGCAGGAAGCUGCGCGUUUCGUCGUCGCGGACCGUUUUGGUCGGGCAGCCGAAGCCUGUGUCGGAUCCAAGCUAUGUAAACAAUGAGUGGACGUCGGACCACGCCGCGGUUAUUACCGAGUACGAACUGAGGGCCUAAGGUGGUGUGGGAGCAGAGAUGAUAAAGUGGCAAAAGGGUGAGGUAGUCGUGAUUCUUCGAUGUUAAUAAUAAUUAUGCUUGGCUUUCGGG